AUGAACACUAGUACGACAUGUACGACCAAGAAGACGGUCAUCUCGACGGUCAUCUCGACGGCGUUUGCGCGCCAAGUGCAUGAAUCGAAAGUGGGCGGCGCAAGCUUCGCCCAAAUCGCGUCGCUGCAGAAGGCUACGUUGGUCGAGCAUUAUUCACACGCGCAGCUCUGCUACCUACUGCACCACCAGUGGCUCAAGUCUCCGGGACUUUUCCCCAACUCCAACCCGAUCGUCGCCUUUCCUUCGUUUGGCCACUGCUCGCGCUUCCCGCUCAUUGGUCCAGGACUUGUGCGCGACAUCAACUGCGGCGAAAUGCGCCGCUUGGAGGCGCUGCUGCAAGCGGCCAUGGCAGCGACGACGGCAACACACCUGUGCGGCGCUGCGGGUGCAAGCGCUCAAGGACGCUCGAACCUUUUUCAAACUAAUCUUGCUCCGUUUCAAUAA